AUGUCGUCUACGAAUACGCAGCGCACUGUUGUGCCCGCUCAGCUAAACUACCUGACCAUCUACAACCCAGCAUUCGGCGACACAGACGAGACCGCCUACGAGCAGAUCUUCUAUUACUUUUCGCGCGAGGAGGCUGAGAGGCGGAGUCAUGGGCAACCGGAAAGUCAGACCAGAAUCAAUGCUGGGUCGAAAGAGCGCACCCAGGAGGAAGAGAAGAACGACAGACUGCGUCAGGUAGGGCUCGCCAGAGGCAUGGUCGAAUUUGCAAACAAUUUCUCCGGCGUGUCGCCUGUAGAAUCUGUCGAGACCGAGAAGUCACGGAUCAUACUCCGCCAGCUUGAGGAUGGAUGGUGGAUACUCGCUUCGAUUCACCUCACGCAACUACCAGGGCUGAGGUCGCAGAAAACGCCAACAGAACAGACGAUUGAAUACUCGGCCCGCGAGGUGGCACCUGCUACGCUCCUACUCAGCCAGCUCGUCCAGGCACACAGCAUCUUUCUACUUCACCAUGCAGGCAGCCUUAACGAACUACACUCCCGGCUUGGUAGGCCGACCUUCUGCGCCAUGCUCGACAGAUACUGGACGAUGUUUUGCCGCAACUGGGACGUCCUAUUGCACGGUAACCCAGCCGUGGACGUGUUCAAUGCAACCAAGCUUGCAGGAGGUGGCGAGAUAGGCGUUGGUGUUGGUGAGGAGGACUGGGGUAGCGGUGAGCGAGAAGUCCUCGAAGACUUUGUGAAUCGUACGGAAGGCCUUGUUGAGCUGGUGGUCGGACGCUACGGCGAUCCACCGCUCGAACCUUUAAAAGACGUGACGACUGGCAAAGACGGGGAGGUCAAAGAGGUCAAUCCUUGGCUCGGAACCGGGGACGAUCCUCGAGCUUCUGACGGUGUUAUCUUUUCUGGCAUGGGCAAACUGUCGAGACGAUCACUUGCCACUGUGUCACAGUGGAUGGCGACUAUUUUCAAGUACGGCAACGAGGCUUACGGUAUAGGUGAGAACCCCAGCUCGCGGCCGCGACAGCGUCGGAGGGGCGGAAAACACGACCAAUCUCGACGCCAACGCGAGAACGGCGGAGUGCACGCUCCCCAAGACCAAUCAACGCGUUCAAGAGUCAAAUUACCCAGGAAGAAGCGGCCUGGCACUCGAAAGAUGUCGGAGGACCACCCACCGCCCCCAGGUAUACCGGCUCCUCUGGUCAGCACUGUCGAACAAUCAUUGACUGAUGCAACAAAGAAGGUACAGCAUGGGGAUGACAACACCAAAUCUAGCGGCACAGACCAAACAAGCCAAGAAGGAACAGCGUCUUUCUUCGAUUCGGAUACCAUGGUGAAGUACUUGAAGCUGGGAUACGGUUCUAGCUGGACUCUCAAUCCUAAGGGGUUUGCAGGCAAGACGGAGACAGCCGAGCCAGAGGCUCUCAUUGAAGAAGCCAACGAAGCCAGCGACGCACCGCAGAAGCCGCUUGAAGAAGUGGAGCCAAAUCCGGAGGGCAGCGAGGAUGAGGAAGAAACGGAAGAGCCCUUUGUUCAGCGAUUAGAGCAGUCGAUUGGCAGUUUCCUGCUCGGUCUCUCUGGAGACCUUGAGAAUACCGAAUUCGAGGCCGACGCGAUGGACGAGACCAAUGAAAUGGCGUCGGACGCCAUUCGCAAUACACAGCGAAUUUUCAUGCGGACGAUCACGGUCCAGCUCCGCGACCGACGGCGUUCACGAUCACCAUCCACCAUAACCCACUCUUCUGACAGCCACGAGAAGCUACAGGUGGCGGUGUACACGCAUCAGCCAUUCAUCUUCGUCUUCUUAUUUGAACUGCACACAGCAAGCUUGUCGAUGCCGAGCUCUUACCGGGCGAUACAUCACCGACUUGGCCCUCUCCAGAAACCAUUACUACGCAGUACGGAUCCACGGAGAAUACCUGAGCGAAUGGCGGAGGUGAUUGGUGAAAAAGCCGACCAGCUCGGAUCUAGUGGGAUCUACGACCUUGUGUACGAUACAGCCAAGCUUUUUGUGCGUACGAGUGUACCCAACAUCCCCGUCCCCGGAAGCCUGGCGGCGGAGGGAAUCAUGGGCUCGACGCAGGUAUCAUCUUCAGGUGACGGCUCGCGAACGGUUAGUGGAGCAUGGUACACGCUGGGCAUUCCUAUUGGGCCAUCUACGCCAACCUCGCAGUAUCGAACCGAGGACGGCACGCGGCUACUGAAAAGCGAGUGGACCCGGGUGGAAAGCCUGAAUGUACACACUCAGAUACUCAACACUCAUAUGGCAACCAGGAGAGGGCAGGGAGGGGUGGGGGAGAUUGAGCGGACUGUCAAAACGUCGCGAGGGUGGUGGGUGGUAUGGAUGCGAGUUCCGAUGUCGAUGUCAACGAAAUCGCCGACGCCGUCGCCGUCGCCGUCGCCUUCACCCUCACCCUGGCCUUACCAAUCCGAAGGAGAUGAGCGGAGUCAGCACAGACGGAACAACCGUGGCGGAGAGAACGAAGCGUUCUUGAUUCGAAAGACGAUCGAAGCGAAUAACGCUGCCGGGCCCCGAGAGAAGAGUGGCACGUGGUUGCGUCGCGAUGUCAGGGACAUGAGUGGCGGCAGUACCACAGGAGUCGCGACAAGUGCCAGAUCGGUGGUAGAGGGUGUCGGUGUGGAUCCACGACGGUGGAUCGAAGGCCUGGUGAAGCUUAGCUCUUAG